CACGCACAGGCCGUCACGUGGGGCGCCGAGGAUCGCAGUGCGCGUGGCCGCGGCGGCUGGUGUGGGGUUGAGUCAGUUGUGAGACCCGGAGCUGCUGACCCAGCGGGCGGCCGGGCGGCCCGCGACAGAGCGGCGGGCGUCGGGGUUCGGGAGCCGUGCGCUGGCCCUUCAUAGAGCUCGGCCGAGCCGGCGCGGCCGUUCCCCGCCCCCAGCCCAAACCGCCGCCGCGGGCGCGCCCCCGCUCUGCGCUGUCUCCGAUGGCGUCCGCCUCCGGGGCCAUGGCGAAGCACGAGCAGAUCCUGGUCCUCGACCCGCCCACAGACCUCAAAUUCAAAGGCCCCUUCACAGAUGUAGUCACUACAAAUCUUAAGUUGCGAAAUCCAUCGGAUAGAAAAGUGUGUUUCAAAGUGAAGACUACAGCACCUCGCCGGUACUGUGUGAGGCCCAACAGUGGAAUUAUUGAUCCAGGGUUGACUGUGACUGUUUCAGUAAUGCUACAGCCUUUUGACUAUGAUCCCAACGAAAAGAGUAAACACAAGUUCAUGGUACAGACAAUUUUUGCUCCACCAAACACUUCAGAUAUGGAAGCUGUGUGGAAAGAGGCAAAACCUGAUGAAUUAAUGGAUUCUAAAUUGAGAUGUGUAUUUGAAAUGCCCAAUGAAAAUGAUAAAUUGGGUAUAACUCCACCAGGGACUGCUCCGGCUGUCACUUCAGUGAGCAGCAUCAACAACACAGUUGCAACACCUGCCAGUUAUAACAUGAAGAAUGAUCCCAGGGGACUCACUGUGUUCAAACAGGAGAAACAGAAGAAUGAUAUAGAGCCUAGCAAAGCUGUUCCGGUGAAUGCAUCUAAACAAGAUGGACCCAUGCCCAAACCGCAUAGUGUUUCACUCAACGAUACUGAAACAAGGAAACUCAUGGAAGAGUGUAAAAGACUUCAGGGAGAAAUGAUGAAGCUGUCAGAAGAAAAUCGACACCUGAGAGAUGAAGGCUUAAGGCUCAGAAAGGUAGCACAUUCGGAUAAACCUGGAUCCACCUCAGCUGCUUCCUUCAGAGAUAAUGUCACCAGUCCUCUUCCUUCACUUCUGGUUGUGAUUGCAGCCAUUUUCAUUGGAUUCUUUCUAGGGAAAUUCAUCUUGUAGAUUGAAGCAUGCAGAGUGCUAUUUCUUUUUUUUUCUCUUGACCAGAAAAAGAUUUGUUUACCUACCAUUUCAUUGGUAGUAUGGCCCACGGUGACCAUUUUUUUUGUGUGUACAGCGUCAUUUAGGCUUUGCCUUUAAUGAUCUCUUAUGGUUAGAAAACACAAUAAAAAGAAACUGUUCGGCUACUGGACAAAUUGUAUAUUACCAGAUCAUCACUAGCAGAUGUCAGUUGCACAUUCAGUCCUUUAUGAAAUUCAUAAAUAAAGAUUUGUUCUUUCUUUGUGGUUUUAAUAAGAGUUCGAGAAUUGUUCAGAGUCUUGUAAAUGUUAUUUUAAUAAUCCCUUUAAAUUUUAUCUGUUGCUGUUACCUCUUGAAAUAUGAUUUAUUUAGAUUGCUAAUCCCACUCAUUCAGGAAAUGCCAAGAGGUAUUCUGUGGGGAAAUGGUGCCUCUUACAGUGUAAAUUUUCUCCUUUACCUUUGCUAAUAUCAUGGCAGAAUUUUUCUUAUCCCUUGUGAGGCGGUUGUUGACUGAGUUUUUCAUCCUUACAAUCCUGUCCCAUGGUAUUUAACAUAAAAAAAUAAUAAAACUGUUAACAGAUUCUUGCUCGAUA